AUGCUCGUAGUUUUAGGUCCAGAGUCGAGAAAUCAAGCCCUAGAAUCUAAAAGGGCUAAAUUGGGAUCAUCAUGGACCUUAGGUUUCUCGAAUGAGGAUAAAGUGGGGACUUAUCAACCCCACAAUGAUGCCCUAGUGGUGACACUUCGAAUUGGGGGAUAUGAUGUAAAAAAGGUCUUUGUUGACCAGGGGAGUGGAGAUGAAAUUAUGUACCUAGAUUUGUAUAAAGAAUUAAAUCUCAAGCCCGAAGAUCUAGAGAGGUAUGAUUUACCCCUAGUUGGAUUUGAUGGGAGGACUGUAAUCCUUAGUGGAAUGAUCAAGUUACCUGUUCAGGUAGAUGACGAGGAGGUGCAAGUUAAUUUUAUCGUGGUGGAAGCCUAUUCCCCCUAUACAGCUAUUUUGGCGAGGCCUUGGCUUCAUGCUAUAAGGGCAGUGUCAUCCACUCUGCAUUUGAAGGUUAAGUAUCCCAUAUAG